CUCACGGCUUCAGCAUUUUGAAAUACAAAGUUUUGAUUGUACAGAGACUAAGAUUGGAGUGAUCGAAGGAGACCAUUCAGUCAGUUGGGUGCUCCUCCUUUCCUCGACAAUGGAAGAAGAUAUUGAGGAGGAGCUUAAGAGGGUUGAAGCAGAGCUGGAACAAGUCCAAGUCCAGAUAAGAGAUAUGCUUGAGCAUCAGGAGAAAUUAUAUCUGCAGAAAUCAGAUUUACAAAGCUUGUUAGAAGCGUGCAAAGGAUCCACAGCAAGUGGAGGCAAUGAGAAUAGUGGAAUAGCUUCAGCAUGCGUAGAAAAUUGGGCAAGAUCAUUUGAGUGGGACCGGCAGGCUGAUGAUAUUCGAAUGAAUGUAUUUGGCAUUCCUACAUAUCGUAUAAAUCAGCAAGAGAUCAUAAAUGCUGUCAUGAGUGGAAAAGAUGUUAUUGUAAUAAUGGCUGCAGGCGGAGGAAAGAGUCUCUGCUACCAACUUCCUGCCCUCCUCCGUUCUGGGACUUCUCUUGUUGUCAGUCCCUUGCUUUCUCUUAUACAGGAUCAGGUGAUGGGACUUGUUGCUUUAGGAAUUCCAGCAAGCAUGUUAACAUCUACAACCUCAAAAGAAGAGGAAAAGUCUAUCUACAAGGUUCUUGAAAAGGGUGAAGGGGAGCUUAGGGUUUUGUAUGUGACACCAGAGAAGAUCUCAAAGAGUAAGCGGUUUAUGUCAAAACUUGAAAAAUGCAACCAUGCAGGCCGCCUUUCAUUGAUUGCAAUUGAUGAGGCACAUUGUUGCAGCCAAUGGGGACAUGACUUUCGUCCUGAUUAUAAAAACCUUGGUAUUUUGAAAACUCAGUUUCCAAAGGUGCCUAUGAUUGCAUUGACGGCAACUGCAACUCAACGGGUACAGGAAGAUUUGAAAGAGAUGUUGCAUAUUUCUCGGUGUGUCAAAUUUGUUAGCAGUGUGAACAGGCCCAACCUAUUUUAUGAGGUCCGUGAAAAGUCCUCAAAUGGCAUGGCAGUCAUUGAUGAUAUAGCAGAUUUUAUACAUGGAUCUUACCAAAAUAAGGAGUCUGGAAUUGUUUACUGUUUUACACGCAAAGAAUGUGAACAGGUUGGUAAGGAAUUGAGACAGCGUGGUAUAUCAGCUGAGCAUUAUCAUGCAGAUAUGGAUGCAAAGACUCGCGAACGAGUUCAUAUUCGUUGGAGUAGUAACAAGAUACAAGUUAUAGUAGGCACGGUGGCAUUUGGCAUGGGAAUAAACAAGCCAGAUGUCCGAUUUGUCAUCCACCAUAGUCUUAGCAAAUCUCUGGAGACAUAUUAUCAGGAAAGUGGCCGAGCAGGCCGUGAUGGCCUUCCAUCACAUUGUUUGCUAUACUUUAGGCCUGCUGAUCUUCCUCGACAGAGUUCAAUGGUCUUCUAUGAGCAUGCUGGUCUGCAAAAUCUUUAUGCAAUUGCACGGUUUUGUCAGUCAAAGAGAACUUGUCGUCGUGCAGCAUUUUUCCGUCAUUUUGGGGAGUCACUACAAGAAUGUAAUGGAAUGUGUGAUAACUGUGCUUUCUCAAAGGAGAUCAAGGAUGUUGAUGUUACUCCUCAUGCAAGAUCCUUGCUAUCAUUAGUGAAAGAAAUGCAAAGUAAUGAUCAACGGGCUACUUUGCUGCAAUUGGUUGAUAAUUGGAAGACAAAGCAUCGGAAAGAAGGGACAAAUGUGGCUGCAUCUGAGCUCUCAAAAGAUCUGAAGAAAGAGGAUGUGGAACAAAUGAUUAUUCAACUUUUAUUAGAUGGAGCACUGAAAGAAGAGUUCCAGCAUACAGCAUAUGCUACAAAUGCAUAUCUCGCUCUUGGAUCAAUGUCAAAGCAAUUGCUACAAGGACAAAAGGUGGUUAGAUUAGAGAUGGUUCAGGGAUCAAAGGCUAACAGUCAAAACAUCAAGAAGGGAGCACUUUUUGAUAACAAUAAUACACAUUCUGGCUUAGCACUUGUUCUCGAUGAACUUCGCAAGGAACUCUCUCAGAGGCAUGGAAGCAUUUUCCCUCAUGCUGUCUUGUCUUCACAACAUAUUACAAUGUUAUGUAGUCAGCAACCAACCACAAGGGAUGAGAUAGAGAAACUACUUGGGAAAAGAAAAGCUGAACAGUAUGGAAAGGAAGUCCUACAAUGUAUUAAAACACAUGCAUUUCAGAAUCCUGAAAGUACAUCAGGGCAAUGGGUUUCACCAAAAAAGAAAAAGGUGUUGCAAGAUGACAACUGUAAUAAAACUACAGAGAAGAAAGUAUUGAAAGCAAAGAGAACGUUUGUAUGUGUAUCUAGCAGUGAUGAUGAGUCAAAAGGACAUGAUAAAGCCAGUGAUGAUGCUGACUUCCAUAUCACACCAACGAAAACAUUGAAAAACACAUAAGCAGUCUCUCAUUUUUUAGCAGAAUCCAUCAUUAGUUUGGCACAAAUGCAAGUGUCAUAUUGCUCUUCAUUCUGCACUGCUUUACAUGGUUGUACUCGUGAUGCCAAUUAUAUGAAUGAAAUGCCUACACUCUUGUUUCAGAAAUCUCUAAGAAUUCAAAAUACUUUUUGCUGCACAAGUCAAUGAAAUUAUAUUGAAU